UGAAAUCAACUGAUCUGAAUAUGGUCAGAUUAACUUGUGACUAAUUCUGCAGUGCCCCUAUUUGCCAUUAGGGGCAUCACAGCCAUCUAAGAGGUUGAUGUUUACCUCAUAAAUGUCUGGAACCAAGAACAAAAAGCAGCUGGGCUCCCAUUGGUUAGUUUCCAAAAAUGACCCCAGAGCAUCCAUGAAGAGAUCCCUUUAACACCGACUGUCCAAGAUGAUGAUGUGGAUGAAGAUUUUUACACGUCCUGAACUGAAAUAUAUGGGACAGAAGCUUCGAGGGGUCACGUGUAAGUUGACGCGGUCAGCCAGCAGAUAUCCUCCAGAGAGUUCCGCAUGUAUCACUGCUCGGGUGCUGCUGCCUAACCUUCUGGCAGGACUCUGUAUGGUGGCAACAGGAAUGACCAUGAAUGCAAUGCAACAUUGGGAGAUGUUUAAGGAAAUCUCAGAAGUGUUGAUUUUAGUUCCUGCUCUGUUGGGCCUGAAGGGAAAUCUGGAGAUGACUCUGGCAUCCAGACUCUCCACAGCAGCCAAUACAGGGCAGUUAGACAACCACAGGCAGUGGAACCUAAUGGUGUCGAGCAAUCUAGCACUACUUCAGGUGCAGGCCACAGUGGUGGGCUUUCUGGCUCCUGUAGCUGCUGUAGUGUUGGGCACGCUGAGGAGGGCCAGAGUGGAUCUCCAGCAAGCUGUGGUGUUGUCUGCCAGCGGGGUGACCACAGCCUUCAUUUCCGCCCUCAGUUUGGGGCUAGUGAUGGUGGGGGUGGUCACUGGAUCUCGGAAGGUGGGCAUCAACCCCGACAACGUGGCUACACCUAUAGCCGCCAGCCUCGGGGACUUCAUCACCCUCUUGCUGCUGGCAGGGGUCAGCAGAUUCUUCUACCACUACAGAGAGAUGUGGUAUGUACCUCUGGUAACGUGUACCAUAUUCCUCUUGCUCAUCCCUUUCUGGUGGGUCUUCGCUCGCCGCAGUCCACAAAUCAGAGAAGUGCUAAGGUCUGGUUGGCAGCCAGUCAUCGUUGCUAUGCUAAUCAGCAGCACAGGAGGUUUGAUUCUGGACAAGACUGUUAGCGAGCCUGGCUCUGAAGGCAUGGCUGUGUUCACGCCCAUCAUUAAUGGCGUAGGAGGGAACCUGGUGGGGAUUCAGGCUAGCCGCAUCUCCACCUACCUGCACUGCAUCAGCGUGCCUGGGGUUUUACCCCCCACCAUGAACCAGCACUGCCCUUGCCCCUGCACAACCUUCUGCUCCCCAGGAGUGAGCGCCACCUCUGCUAGGGUUCUGCUGCUGCUGGUGGUCCCAGGCCAUCUUCUCUUCCUCUACAUGGUGUGUGUGCUGCAGGGAGGACACCCCCCCCAGACCCCUGCUUUCAUCUGCUGCUAUCUGUGUGCUGCUCUGCUGCAGGUGCUCAUAUUGCUUUACGUGGCGGAUGUGAUGGCUCGACUAAUGUGGCGCCGUGCUCUGGACCCAGACAAUUUCUGCAUCCCCUACCUGACUGCACUGGGAGACCUGCUCGGCACCAGUUUCCUCGUAAUCACUUUCAGAGUCCUCUGACCCAGACAGAGACAGAACUACUGGUCACAUGACUAAGGAAGUAUUAGCUCAAUCUCUCUAGAAUUGAAAGGCACUUCUACUUCCAUAUCUAGUCACGUGGUAAUUCUAAUUUUGGGAGCCAAUAAUAUUAUUGUUAUUUUUAGUAUUGGUUGCUUUAUUAAGAAAUUCUAGUUUAUGUAAAUGUACAACUACAAAAAGUGUCAGUAGUGCUCUAAUAGACCUGCAUGGUGUGGAGACAUACAGUCCUGAAACUGUUCAGUGCAGUCUAUGAACAAUUGGACAGAAGCUCAGUUUUUUUUGUUUUGGCUGUUUUCAGGCCCCGACUUCCCUACUGCAGAGGGCCAAAUGUCAUAGGAAAAAUGCAAUUACAGUUUCAUAAUUGGUAGCAAAUAUUACGUGACUUCCACAGCCCAUGGACAGUACCGCACAAUGAGUAUGUUCGCAGGUCUCGCUCUGCCAGGCUUUUCAUCCUGAAAUCAUCUAAUUCCAGAACCUCCUUGACUUGGGAACUUUUUGUAUUCAGUGAGUAGAACGUAUGAUUAGUAAAUGCAAGCUCAUGUCAUGUCAAGACCAUUUUGCGCUUUGCCCUCCAAGCACAAUGAUGAUGCAAGGAGAAGGGCCAUGUUUGGGGGCAUUAGGUUGGGUCUGGGCAGUUACGGUGCUCCUGUACAUCGUGUUUGGGGGCAUUAGGUUGGGUCUGGGCAGUUACGGUUCUCCUGUACAUCGUGUUUUAGGGCAUUAUGUUGGGUCUGGGCAGUUACGGUGCUCCUGUACAUCGUGUUUGGGGGCAUUAGGUUGGGUCUGGGCAGUUACGGUUCUCCUGUACAUCGUGUUUGGGGGCAUUAGGUUGGGUCUGGGCAGUUACGGUUCUCCUGUACAUCGUGUUUUAGGGCAUUAGGUUGGGUCUGGGCAGUUACGGUGCUCCUGUAUGCUGCGUUUGGGGGCAUUAGGUUGGGUCUGGGCAGUUACGGUGCUCCUGUACAUCGUGUUUGGGGGCAUUAGGUUGGGUCUGGGCAGUUACGGUGCUCCUGUACAUCGUGUUUUGGGGCAUUAUGUUGGGUCUGGGCAGUUACGGUUCUCCUGUACAUCGUGUUUUAGGGCAUUAUGUUGGGUCUGGGCAGUUACGGUGCUCCUGUACAUCGUGUUUGGGGGCAUUAGGUUGGGUCUGGGCAGUUACGGUUCUCCUGUACAUCGUGUUUGGGGGCAUUAGGUUGGGUCUGGGCAGUUACGGUUCUCCUGUACAUCGUGUUUUAGGGCAUUAGGUUGGGUCUGGGCAGUUACGGUUCUCCUGUACAUCGUGUUUGGGGGCAUUAGGUUGGGUCUGGGCAGUUACGGUGCUCCUGUACAUCGUGUUUGGGGGCAUUAGGUUGGGUCUGGGCAGUUACGGUUCUCCUGUACAUCGUGUUUGGGGGCAUUAGGUUGGGUCUGGGCAGUUACGGUGCUCCUGUACAUCGUGUUUGGGGGCAUUAGGUUGGGUCUGGGCAGUUACGGUUCUCCUGUACAUCGUGUUUGGGGGCAUUAGGUUGGGUCUGGGCAGUUACGGUUCUCCUGUACAUCGUGUUUGGGGGCAUUAUGUUGGGUCUGGGCAGUUACGGUUCUCCUGUACAUCGUGUUUGGGGGCAUUAGGUUGAGUCUGGGCAGUUACGGUUCUCCUGUACAUCGUGUUUGGGGGCAUUAGGUUGGGUCUGGGCAGUUACGGUGCUCCUGUACAUCGUGUUUGGGGGCAUUAUGUUGGGUCUGGGCAGUUACGGUGCUCCUGUACAUCGUGUUUGGGGGCAUUAGGUUGGGUCUGGGCAGUUAUAGUGCUCCUGUAUGCUGCGUUUGGAGGCAUUAGGUUGUGUCUGGGCAGUUACGGUGCUCCUGUAUGCUGCGUUUGGGGACAUUAGGUUGGGUCUGGGCAGUUACAGUGCUCCUGUAUGCUGCGUUUGGGGGCAUUAGGUUGGGUCUGGGCAGUUACGGUGCUCCUGUAUGCUGCGUUUGGGGGCAUUAGGUUGGGUCUGGGCAGUUACGGUGCUCCUGUACAUCGUGUUUUGGGGCAUUAUGUUGGGUCUGGGCAGUUACGGUGCUCCUGUACAUCGUGUUUGGGGGCAUUAGGUUGGGUCUGGGCAGUUACGGUGCUCCUGUAUGCUGCAUUUGGGGGCAUUAGGUUGGGUCUGGGCAGUUACGGUGCUCCUGUAUGCUGCGUUUGGGGGCAUUAGGUUGGGUCUGGGCAGUUACGGUGCUCCUGUACAUCGUGUUUUGGGGCAUUAUGUUGGGUCUGGGCAGUUACGGUGCUCCUGUAUGCUGCGUUUAGGGGCAUUAGGUUGGGUCUGGGCAGUUACGGUGCUCCUGUAUGCUGCGUUUGGGGGCAUUAGGUUGGGUCUGGGCAGUUACGGUGCUCCUGUACAUCGUGUUUUGGGGCAUUAUGUUGGGUCUGGGCAGUUACGGUGCUCCUGUACAUCGUGUUUGGGGGCAUUAGGUUGGGUCUGGGCAGUUACGGUGCUCCUGUAUGCUGCAUUUGGGGGCAUUAGGUUGGGUCUGGGCAGUUACGGUGCUCCUGUAUGCUGCGUUUGGGGGCAAUAGGUUGGGUCUGGGCAGUUACGGUGCUCCUGUAUGCUGCGUUUGGGGGCAUUAGGUUGGGUCUGGGCAGCUAUAAUGCUUCUGUACACUGAUAUCGGAAUUCACAUCAUCACUAAAGGCAAGUGAGUCAGCUCUACUAGCACGAGACAGGACACUCCAUCAUGAUUCACAAAUGAGGUGGUGUGCUCAAUCACCAGUUUUUUUAUUCUUUCCACUCUCUAAUUUCUUUCAACUAUCCAUAAGAUUUUGUCUGAGAAAUAUGAGUGUGUGCAUAUUUCUUGGCACACUGCCAUCUGUCCUUCUUUCCAUUCUUUCUUUGCUGCAGUAAUGUGCUCUUUUGUCAUUAACACAUAUAUACACUAAAUAAUUGAGUGUUUUGAUAAUCUGACAGUAUUCUGUAGUCAUCCACUACUGUGGUCUACCAAGUUGAUCUGAGAGUAAGCUCUAGUUAUCUACUGCUGUGGUCUGUUUUGUUGUUAGAUAGUGCUAAGCUCAACAGUGAAUUUUUAGUUAUCAAAAAGGUGAUCUUGACACAUUUAAUGUUUUGACACUUUUAAUGUUU